AAGGAGGUGGGAUAUGUUAACAGGUAGGAGUUGAGCAAUACACGCUGUCCUUGUAUACAGUGAAUCCAGGCCAAAAAGUUUACGUAUUAGAACGGCUGUGUUGUCAGAGUUUGUUCUCAGAUCAGGACUGUGAAUUUCUUUCGCUAUAUUUUUGUGUUUUAUUAAUUGUCUUGAAAACAAAGUUUCUUCAAAAUAUUUAAGACUGACCUACUUUUUUCUGUUCCUGGCAAGAUGGGGUUCUACAGGAUGCCUUUGGUUCUUGGCCUGAUGACGCUGAUUAUAAGACCAGGGGUCAGUCAAGGAAGUCCAAAUUCAGAUCUGGCAUCUGUAUCUGGAGUCAACAUUCACUGUCAUAGCAACAACAUCCAAGUCACCGUAGCAACUGCUAGCAACUUUAACGGAAUGAUUUAUCCCAAAGGGUUGUCCAAGAACUCCUCCUGCAUGAUGGAGUAUGCAGUUAUUGGAAACCAGGUUACUUAUACUCUACCAUUGCACUCCUGCAACACCAUGAGCACAGAUGUGGCUGACGGAAUAGAGUAUUUUAAUACUGUUGUUGUUCAACCACAUCGGAAGUUGGUAACCAAUCAGGGUCGGGGUUACCACGUGCGCUGUAAGUACCAGACGAAUGAGAAGAGUAUCGUUUCUAACGUAAACGUUAGUAUGUUAGGUACGACACCCUUGUACGCCACUGUCCCAAUGCCUGCUUGUACUAUGAAGAUUUUCCAAGACGUUGCUGAUGAAGAAUUUGUUGCUGAGAACGUUAAGAUUGGUGACCGUCUCACUAUAGUUAUUAAGAUUGAUGUUCAAGAUAUUUAUGGCAUGAAGGUAACAAACUGCUUGGUUCGUGAUGGGUUGAACUGGGGAGAACAGCCGUUAAUCAAUAAUGAUGGAUGCCCAGUGGACAACGAGAUAAUGGGACCUUUUCAGUACACCCAGAAUAAGACUCGAGCAGUAGUGACGUUUCAAGCGCAUAAAUUCCCCUACACGUCUUCUGUCUAUUAUCAAUGUAAUGUCAAACUAUGUCUGAAAAAGGACGGAGGUUGUGAUGACGUGCCUCCACAGUGUGACAACAGUGGCCGAAACUUGUUAAGACGGAGGAGGAAAAGAGAGAGUGAAGUGGAAGAAAAAGGUGACCUUAAAGACUUGCGCCAGGAAGAGCAGGAUGUGCGAGAUCUUAGUGUUGAGGUCUUUUCUGGUCUGCAUGUCAAUGAAGUGGACAAGGUGGACAAUGAUGAUGAUGAGUCUGGAGUAACAUCGUCGCCCUCGGUUGAUGAGGAUGAAUUUUGCGUGUCCACAAGAAAAUUCGCAAUUGGUAUUGCUAUUGCAGGCGUCUUGUUGAUGUUGGCAGUCAUGCUCCUAGUGGCCUGUAUCCUUCAUCGUCGUCGCAGGAGAAAGGGGGCUAGCACAGCAGGCAGUUCUAUCUACUCUGGACCUUACUCUAACGCUGCCUACAGCAGAGACUGAGUCUGGACAUCUACGAACUAGCUCGACCAUCGAGUGUGUGGGACCAUGAGAAACCACAAACUUAUUAGCUGACCCACGGUGUUUAGGAAGGAAACAACAUAUUUAGUAAUUUUAUAACAUUUAAUUAUUAUAUAAUUAAUUUGCAAAGAUUACAAAUUUGAAGUAAACAUUGACUAAUUUAUUUCUUUACAAGCGUAAGAUGUGAAGUAAUUUCACAUUGAAAGGUAUUUUUCAAAACCUAAUUUCUUUACAAGCGUAAGAUGUGAAAUAAUUUCACAUUGAAAGGUAUUUUUCAAAACCUAAUUUCUUUACAAGCGUAAGAUGUGAAAUAAUUUCACAUUGAAAGGUAUUUUUCAAAACCUAAUUUCUUUACAAGCGUAAGAUGUGAAAUAAUUUCACAUUGAAAGGUAUUUUUCAAAACCUAAUUUCUUUACAAGCGUAAGAUGUGAAAUAAUUUCACAUUGAAAGGUAUUUUUCAAAACCUAAUUUCUUUACAGGCGUAAGAUGUGAAGUAAUUUCACAUUGAAAGGUAUUUUUCAAAACUUAUAUUUUACAAUUUAUUUUCAAAUGCUGACACCACUUAUGAACAAAUAUCAGACAGAUUUCGAAGCUUUACUCUACAAGUAUUUAGUUGGCAAACCUGGAUACCUAAGACAGGAAACAAAAUUAUCCUUUGUGUGUAUAAAAACAUACUGUUAGUUAUAAUCCUGUGGAACUUUCCGCUAUUAUUUUUAGAAUUUAUAAGAUUUUCAACAAGAUAAUUUGAUGCUUCUACUGAGGUAUUGUUAAACUCAGUGCUGGUUUAUACUAAAACGUAUCUAGUGUUGAUAGCUUUUAAAUCAGGUAAGGGUAAGGUAAGAACUAGUGUCAAAAGGUUCAUUUAGUUGCUGGUAAUCUAGGGUGGGUGUCUAGGUCUGCAUUGGUUUAAAAUAUCCUCUAAUUAACAGUUUAUAAAUGCUUCAAUUUAAACACGCAUGCUUCUUAGGUGUAAUAGUAUAAUUAAGCAACUCUCUGACGAGGACAAUAGAGGGUAUACCAAAAGUAUCCUUCUUUCAACAGUAGACUUAAAAGGCGUUCCUGUUUAGUUAUUCUUGUUGGAAUCCCACCUUUGGACGUUCGCUCAAGUACAGAUGAGUUUAAAGAAAUCGAACGCCAGAGUUUAAUAUCAAGCUUGUGUUUGGUGAAAGGAUAUCUUAAUCAUUCACGUUAAAUUAUCUAGCAGGAUAAUGUUCCCGCAUUUAUUUGAUAGCAAGAAAAUUCAAAGCUCAAGUUAUGAAUACUGUAGUAUGUAUAUUAGAUGUGAAAAUGGAGCUAUAGAUAUUUUACUUUUGAGAAAUAAAUGGAGAAGUUUUGGCAUGAAUGGAAUAACUUAAACUUUAAAACACAUAUGUGGGAAACUAGGUUUGGUUUUGUACAUAAAGUUAUGAAUAUAUAUAUAUGUACACACAUAAAACAGUCGGCCCAUUAGGCAGCUAAAACAAGGUGAUGGGUUGGUGAUAGUGGGGAUUGUUACUUACUGUAGUUUUUCAUGCUGGGUCACCUUAAGAUGCUUUUCUUUCCGGUGAUAUUAUGUUGUGCUUUUAUAAAAAGGGAACAUUAUGUAUUUCUUCCUAACUAUUUCUUUCUUUUGUUAGUAAAAUAAAAGCUAGGCUACAAUGUUUUGUUUGUAUUUCUCUUCAUUUAUGCUGAGCAGUGUUCAGAUGAUAUGUGGCUAUAA